AUGAUAAUAUGUAUUCUAGGUACUAUAAAACCACCUGAUCAACCGAAUACACUUCUUAAUAAUGUUCUUUAUGAAAAUGCUCGUCGAAAACUUUUUCGUGAUAAUUAUUUUGUAUCAAUUCAAUUUGAAAAAACACCAUGUCGUGAUCGUAUUCUUAAUGAAUUUCUUCGUAAACGUGAUUUAAAACCAUUACAAUAUCAACAACCACGUGAAGUUGAAAAAUUAAAACGUUCAUUAUUAAAUAAUUUUAUUGAUCGUGUACAUCAACGUAAUGUACUUAUACUUAUACGUUUACAAAUAAUACAAUCAUAUUUAAGUUUAACUUAUCUUAUAAAUCAAUUUCCAUUAACAAGUCGAACACAUUUUAUAUGGUCUAAACCAAUUCCACCACCAUUACCAACAACAACAAUUGUAUCAUCAUUAAAUGAUCAAAUUGAUUCAGCUACUUCAUCACCUGUUUUAACAAAUACAUUAACUACAAAUGGUUAUCAACAUCGACCAAAAAUGAUUAUCAAUGAAAAUGGUAAAGAUCUUGCUAAUAUUUGGUAUAUACCAUCAUUUAUUGAACAAUUAACAAUAUUUAAACAUGCUAAACUUAAUUUUGAUGAAUUACAACAACGCUUACGAAAUGUUUUACGUAUUGUAUCAUCUCUUAAUGAUCUUAUUCAUAUUGUUGUUGCUUAUGCACAAUUAAAUAAUGCAACAGCAAAUGCUGAUCAAAGAUUUAAUGAUCGUGCUAAUGAUUUAUCAACAUUUGAUCAAAGUGGAGAAUUAGCAUCUGAAUUACAUGAAAUUCAACGUGAAAUUGAUUUAUCAUCAUCAUUAUCAUUAUCAACAAUAGCAGAUUUAUUAGAAACAAAAAGACGUUUAUCUAUAUUUCAAAUUUAUUAUUCUAUAUCAUGUCUUAUACCAAAUUGUUUUCUUAUUGGAAAAAAUCAAUUAGCAUUUAAUCUUAUUUAUUCACGUUCAAAACCAAUUUUAAAACAAUUUUUAAAUGAUUAUGAUCAUUUACGACCUAUUUAUUCAUUUUUACCAAAUCCAUUAUUAAAUGUUCAAACAUCAGCAAAACAUUUUUAUCCAUGGACAAUACAUGAAUAUCAAUAUAAUAUAAAUACUAAAAGACUUUGGUGGCCAAAAUAUACUUUAAUGGAUCUUAUACAUUUAUGUUUAAUUGGUUUAAAAUCAUCUGAAUUAACAAUGGCUAAUGCAGAAUUAAUUUCAACUCAUGUUAUGUUACAAAAUAUUGAUGAAAUUAUUAAACAAAAAACAGCAAUGAAUAAUAUUGGAACUGUUCUACGACAAAAAGAGAUAGCUACAGGUGAUCAUCUUUCCAAAUAUAUACGUCUUGAACUUUAUAUUGUUGAAUGUAUUCGUCUUGAACUCGUUCGAAAUGCUUGGAAUACAACUAAAUUAAAUGUACUUUCAAUAGAUACAUUAAAAACAUUUGAUGAAGCAUUUUCUAAUUUUCGAGAUGAAAUUCGUAGUCCUGUUUUAAGACAAUUAGCAACAACUGUUGGAUAUAGUAAUUUUUAUAAUGAUUUUCCAGCAGCUCUACUUACAGGACAAUUACCACCAAAUCUAACUGAAUAUGAAUGUAAACAAGCAUUAAUAAUGAGAAUAUUAGUUGAACUUGAAGGAAAAUUUAUGAUGAAUGAUACAUUAAAACGUUUUAAACGAGAACGAACAUUAGUUUUAUCUGAACGACUUCGAGAAGAAAAUAGUCUUCCAACAGAUUUAUGGAAAAAACAACAAUUUACAGAAAAUUUUUCUGUAUUACGACCACAUAUAUUAGAUGAUUUUGCAAAAUUAUUAUCACAUUAUGAAUGUAAAGAUGAACAAUCAACAUUAAAUUCGACUACUAUGAUUGAAGAAGCUGGAGAUAAUGAUAGUACAAUAAUUUCAUCAACUGUUACAAAUUCACCUCGAACUUCAGAUUUUUAUUGUAUACGUCGAAGUGAUUUAGAAUUAUGUUUAAAAGAAAUCGGUAAUCGUAUGAUGCAACGUGAACGUGAUAAUUAUACAAAUUAUAGUUUUUAUUAUGAAAGUCUUCUUCAUAAUGCUCGUCAAUUAAUUGGUUUACGUGAAAAUGAAAUAAAAUCUUUACGUUCACAAGUUCAAGAACAACAAUUUACUAUUGAACUUGAAUCACAAUUAUUAAUAUUAUCAACUUAUUUUGAUUUAAUAACUGAAUUAAUACAUCUUCGUUUAGUAAAUGCUCAAUUAAAAAAUGAUAAACAACUUCGUUUUGAUAAAGAAUUAAAUAAAAUACGUGAUCGUUUUCAAUCAAUAAAUGAACAAUUAUUAAGUACAAAUUUAUUACUUCGUACACGAUUUGAACAAUAUCGUGAACAAUUAUAUAAUAGUACAAUAACAAUAAUUAAAGAAAUACGUACAGAAAUUUAUAAAAUGGCACAUGCAAAAUUAACAUCAGAUGCUAAAUCAAUAAUUGAUCAACAAAAUAUUGAACAAACAAAACUUAUACAUAAUUUACAAGAUGAAAUUCAUCUAAAUCAAGAAAAACAAACUAAUGAAGCAUAUCAACGUGAAUGUGAAUGGCAUAAAGAACAAUUUGAAUUAGAAAAAAUUGUUGGACAAUUAAAAUAUGAAUUAGAUCGUUAUCAAAAACGAUAUGUUUAUAAAACAACACAACAAGUUGAAGAAGUUCAAACAUUAAAAAAAGCAAAUAAUUAUUUACGAAAACGUAUAUUAACAAAUGAAAGUCAUUAUAAAAAAAUAUUCGAAACAGAAAAUAAAUCUGAAAAUAAAGCUAAUCUUGAACGUGAUGAUGAUUUACGUCAAGCAUUAAAUCAAAAACAAAUUAUUGAAACAAGAUUACGUUGGAUGCAAGAACAAAGUAAUCAAUUAGUAUUAAGAGAUCAUGAACUUGAAAAGAAAACAAAUGAAUAUGAACGUGAAAAUCGUGCUAUGCGUUUAGAACAAACAUAUGUAAAACGAAAUUUAUUACAAACAAAAAAGAAACUUGAACAAGAACGUUCACUUAAAAUUGAUGCUUUUCAACAAGUAGAAACAUUAAGAACAAAUCUAAAUGAAAUUGAAGAAGAACUUGAACAAAUUGCUUUAAAUGACGGAGCAACUAGCUUAGUAUCAGCAUCGAUUGCACCGCCACCUUCACGUACAAUAGGAUCAUCACGACCAAUAACGCCUUAUCAAAUAUUUAUGGCACGUAAUCGUCCGAUGACAUCAAAUUCACAAUAUCAACGUGAUAAACAACGUUUUACAAAUUCACGUUUACGUUGUUAUUCAACAACACCAACUAAACGAGUUCAAACAGCUAAUGUACAUAUUGAAAAGAUAACACCAUUAACAGAAGAACUUUUAUCAAAUCUUGGUGCAACAACAUCACCGGCAACAUCAUCUAUUAAAAUGUUACGAAUAAAAAGUGCUAAAACUUAA